AUGCAGCAAGGCGGUGAUUACCCCUCCACCAGGGAUCCCGGACGCGGUCACGACUCUUCGUCGCAUCGACCACCAGACCGCCGCCGAUCGCGCUCUCGCUCUCGCUCCCCCCAACGUCGUGGGUCCCCCCAAUACGAAGCCUAUCAACAACGACAGCAGCAGCAGCAGCAGCAGCACCAGCAGCAGCACCAACAACAACAGGACGGACCGCGCUACGACGAUCGACGCUACGGCGCGCCUCCGCAUCAAGCACGAAGAGCGGACGAGCGGAGGGCCACACCCGAGCGAGAACUGGGCUAUGGUCAGCCGCAGAGUAAUGGCUACGACCACAACGGCGGUAGGAACAGCAAUGCCCAAUGGGACAACGCCCACGAUCGUGCUCAGCGCUCGAGCGCACCGCAACAAGGCGGUGGCGAUUGGUUCGAGUCGUACGUUCCCCCCACUCCUCUGCCCGUCCGUUCAGCAGCACUGACUGACUGACUGCAUGUGCGACUCUUUCCCCCCCCCCCAAAAAAAGUCGUCGACACCAACGCGAUGAAUCCGAUCUGACCAUCUGGCCGGAAUCACCCAAGGCACCACAACGGCAAGUCCCCCCCCCAAUCAACGGCAAGCUCAAAACCGCUUCUUUGUUAACCCUCACGCUCUGGUGAUCCACACAGCUCCCCCUCUCCCUCGAACGGCAACCGCAAAUCCAACAAACGCGCUUCCUCCUCCAAGCGCCACAAAUCCUCUCGACAGCGCUCCCCUUCCUUCUCCUCCUCCACCUCCUCCUCCUCCGACUCGGACGACGACCGUCAUCGACGACGCUCCUCCUCGUCGAGCAAGCAUAAAUCCUCUUCUUCCCAACAUAAACAUCACUCUUCUUCUACUCGUCGUCAUUCCUCGUCGUCCCAUCGAUCUUCCCACGCUCAUUCGAGAAGUAAAAGGGAAGGCUCCCGCCUAUCCGAAAUCGACGAACGGCGCGAACACCUCGACGACCGACCUCGACCUUCAACAAGUCGGUCCGAAGCGGUGGCAAAGGGUACACACCACCCCGAGGCAAAAGACGAUGACGACGACGAGGAUGCUUGGGUCGAAAAACCGGCCGAGGUGGAUUUGGAUGAUGAUCCGGAGGAAGUGGGUCCUUUGCCUUUGAUGAUGCCUGGUCAGAAGGGGGCGAGGAACGCGUGAGUCGAUGGAUUCAACCAACUUUGGUUCGGAAGCCAUCUUUGACUUUGUACUAAGACGCAUCGUUCGUUCACUCCUCUCCCCCAAACAGUUAUGGUGGUGCACUCCGACCAGGUGAAGGAACGGCCAUGGCCCAAUUCGUUCAGGACGGUGCCCGUAUCCCCCGUCGAGGAGAAAUCGGGUUGGAAUCCGAACAGAUCGAAAAGUUCGAACAGGCCGGUUAUGUGAUGAGUGGUAGUCGACAUAGGAGGAUGAAUGCGGUCAGGGUCAGGAAGGAGAAUCAGGUCAUUUCCGCCGAGGAGAAGAGAGGGAUCUUGCAGCUGCAGGCGCAGGAGAAGGCCAAGAGGGAAAAUCAGGUGAGUCUGAUGUAGGGUGGUUCUAUUUCUCGACGAUGGUCCGAGCUGACGUUUGGUGCUGUGUGCCAGAUCGUGUCGAGCUUCCGAGAGUUGGUCGAUACCAAGCUCGCUGGGCAGAGAGGAUAA